AUGCCGUCCAAUGCCGGGCCACCGCGCCUGCUCGACCUGCCGGCCGACAUCCGGCACCAGGUCCUCUCCCUCUGCUCCGCCACAGACCUGCUGUCGGUCUCGCGGUGCUGCCUCGAACUGAGUGCUGCCGCCAAGGCUCCGGAGCUGUGGGCCCAGCUGCUGCAGCGGCACCACGGGGUGGUGCUCGACGCCUUUUUCGAGGGCGCUGCACCGCCACCGCCGCACGGAUCGACCUGGCAGCGCCACUUUUUUCACUUUGAGCGGACGUGGUUGCUAUUGGCCCGCGCUGAGACCGGACGGAUGCUGCUUCGGAUGCGGUCCGAAUGCGCCGCGUCGAGCCCUACCUAUCUGGGCGUGCCGCCCCCGGCCGUCGAGCGGGCCUUCACGCUACGCCUCCCCCUCCUCGGCCUCCACCUCCCCAUCCCACUGUGGCUGCAGCAGCCGGCGCCGACCUAUGGAAUCUUUGACGCGACAGACUUUGCGGCGCGCCAUCCGGGGACCGAGCUGCUGCUCGCCGAGGCGGCGGCCGAGGACGACUGCACCGCACGCUUCGACGCCGCUUCUCACUCCGAGCGAGCGAGAGCGGUGCUCCGCCGGCUCGUGGUUCCUGGCGACACUGCGCGGCGCUGCUGA